AUGAGCUCCGUUCUUAACAACACGCUCGGCAUUAUUCGUCAAGCCGCGUGGCCCUCUUACGCGCCACCUGGCCUCCACGGUCGUGGACAAUACCAGUCUCUCCCACAAUUCGCGUCGCGUCCACGGAUGCUCCCCGAUGAUACGAGGGCCAACUUUGCAAGGAAGACUCCCCGCGCAUAUGAGUAUCCAACAUAUGGCGCGCCACCCAUCUUCGACCCCCGAACUAUCGCCCCCGGCUCGCAAGGGUGCCCUCCCACCACCGUUCCCCAUGUCGACGGCCAUAACGGCCGGUCGAGUGCGCCUCGCGUCCUCGACGCCGUCCUACAUGCUAGGAACGACCUUCGUCGUAGUCCUCAGCCCGCCACCCAGGGCGGGGCGGUCAACAAUAAUAGUGUCGUCAACCUGCCCAACAACAUCGAUGGGGCUUACCCUUACACAAUUGAGGGUGCCUUACCUCCAUUCCGGCAGGAUCUCAAUGUCCAAGACGCCUACAACCAGCCGCGUUUGUCUCCGCCACGCCCUAGUAUAGUCCCAACCGCCCCUUCUCCCCGUACAGAGCCCGCGCCACCCGUCACAACCCUACCCACGGCCGCGACAACGGUCUCCCCUCAGCCUUCUGCGUUGAGCAUUGUCGCCUCUAUGCAGCAAUCCAUUGAGUUCAUCCAGGAUUUGGCUCUGAAGGCAAGAUGGGAGGAGAUUCACACGAUCAUGUCCACGGCCCCGGCCGUUCGAAGUGUGGUGCCCAAGUGGGUUCAAGACGGAUAUGCCAGAUGGAAGGAAAGGGCGGGCGGUUGGAACAAUCCUCCCCGGGUGGCGGACUCGGCCCAAUACUAUUACCCACACCCUUACUUACACCAGCAAGAGGGAAACGAGAUGUCUAGAGCCAACGUGGCCCUCGGCGCUCAAGCGACGCCGCCACCAGUUGUGCCAACGCAGCGGUUCGAUGUCUCUCCGUAUACGGACGACGCGGGGCAGACCACAUUCACCAGCACCGGCGAGACGAAUGGCGUUUUCGACACGUACCAACCGAACACCGCCAACGUGUUCAACAACAUCAUUGUGGACGAAAGCUUCGGGCAGGUAGAGGUCCCAUAUGAGACCCACUUCCCGGAGACGGCAACCGACUACGAUGCUGGACGAUACGUCCUGGCAAAUACCACGCGCGACCGGAGCCCCUCGUACCAGACGCAGAAUGGUUCGGUCUCCCCCGCGGGCUCGAACUCGACUGAGUUCCAUACGGGGUUCACGGACCAGGACGCAUACGCCGUCUACCCGCAGCAGGGCACCUACAACGCCGCACCCCACCAGCCACAACCUAAUCAACUCUUCGUAGACAACAACACCGGCCCCGUCAACUAUCUCCCUCCUCUGGAAGGUUCCUUCCCCCACGAACACGCCACAUACAAUACCGUCCAACACCUCGAGGCCGUUGUGAACGAUCCCCAGAGCGCAGUCAACGCCAGCGUCCAAGCGAUCUACUACGAUGACUACACAGCGCAGAGCGGUGCCUCUCCUACACGAAGCGAUGGUAACGACUCCAUGCGCUCCACUUCCUCUGCAUCGGCGACCCACUCCUAUACGCAUACCGAGUCCCCCUGGAGCUCUUCCCCAUCUCAUUCUGCGUCCCCCUUCGUCAUUUCCCUUCCAACCGUCACGUCUCCCUCUCCGCCGAAACCCCAGGCGAAGAGACGUGAACGCAAGAAACCACAGCCCGCUACUUCCCGUCCGGAGACGCAGCCAAAGCGCAAGCGACGGCCCAAGUCAGAGCCGAAGCCGAAGUCAGAACGAAAGCCGAAGCAGACUAACAAGGCUUGGAACUGGUUCGCGUACCCUAACGGGAUAAAGCGUAGAGGCAUUGGUCGGGGGCCCGCUCUAUAUCCCAAUGACGUCGAGUCUGGGUUGGGCCAAGCAUUGGUAGGAGGGGAGCUGAUAUCGUUGGAUGUCGAGGAGGAGAGCGAGAAGGUGGAGGAGCAGGCGUUGGUGGGGAGUGCGAGCGCACCCUCCGGGAAGCAGAGAGGUCAGAAGAGAGGGAGGAGCACCGACGACGACGACAGCGUUGACGACCCCACUCCAAGGUCGAAGAGACGAAUACCCACCACCACCAAGAACAACCCGAAGGGUCCGAAAACCGCGACACCCUAUCACAGCCAUAGGAGCGUCCGCGCAACUUCAGACCCUUCGCUUAGACAAGAUAGAACAUACGGUAGCCCCGUUGAUCAGGCGACUGCCUUCAAUCAGGUGCACCGAAUAUUUUUACCAGGUCCGUACGAAGGGCAUGAUGAGUCUUACGAAGGCGAGUCAGGUCCAUCAGUCGGCUAG